UCUUGUACUUUUUGGGCGCAUUCAGCGACUUGUAAGCGAUCCGUAUGUUGAAAAGGUGUCAAAUGAAACCCUAUGUAUAUACUUUUAAGAGCGACCCAUCUGUUUAGUUGCAGAUUUGAAUGCUGUGAUUGACCAAAUAACCAUUAUUUUCUUUUGAAACAGACAUAAAACAAUAAAUGGGCAUUUAGGUUGAUUUGUUUUUGUAUCUUUUUGUUGUUUACUAUGGCGGAGCCAGCUGAGAAAGCAUACUACCGGUUCCUGGUAUUGUUCUUUAACUGUCUCCUCACGUUUGGCUCCUACUUCUGCUUUGACAUCCCUAGUGUCCUCCAGGAGCAGUUCCAAGGGAAUAUAACAUGUCCCAAUACAACACUAUCCAAUGGGACUGUGGAUUGUGUGGAGGGGCUAGGGAUGACGCCUCAGCAGUAUAACCUGCUGUAUGCCAUCUACGCUUGGACCAAUGCAGUGGUGGUUAUAAUGGCCGGGUUCCUUAUUGACAAACUGGGCAACCGCUUUGGGGUCUUUCUGUUCUCCUUACUCUGUGUACUGGGGUCAGCGAUCUUUGCUCUGGGCUCUCACUUCAAAGGAACAGCCUACCUGCUCCCUCUCAUGCUCACCGGUCGCCUGCUGUUCGGCUCUGGAAAUGGAUCCCUCACCAUCGUCCAGAACCGAAUCACAGCGUUCUGGUUCCGGGGGAAGGAGCUGGCCCUGGCUUUCGGACUGACCCUUGCCUUUUCCCGCCUGGGCUCUGUCCUCAACUUCUUCCUUACCCAGAGGUUUCAGUCGGAAUACGGCUUGCAGUGGACCUUGUGGGGAGGUACCUUGCUGUGUGUGCUGGGCUUCCUGUCUGCCAUCACGGUCAGUGCCCUGGACAAGGUGGGCAUGACGCAGCUGGGAUUAGAUGGGGUCAUUCAGGCAGAGUCACGCAAAGUGAGGAUUCAGGACGUAAAGCUGCUGUCUCUCAGAUACUGGCUGCUGGUUCUUACCAUUAUGUUCUUCUACAACGGCAUCUUUCCCUUCAUAGCUGAUGCUAGUAAGUUCAUACAAGACAAGUACAGUGACUACACCCAGACGGAGGCAAGCUACAUCGCUGGGGCAGUGUAUGACUCCUCCCUGGUCCUCUCCGCCUUUGUGGGAAUUCUCAUCGACUAUGUGGGCCUGCGUGGGGUCUUAGCUGUGGCUUGUGCUGUCCUCACCCUGCCUGUCUUUGGCCUUUUGGCCUUCACCUUUGUCCCCCCUCUGGUCUCCACCAUCUGGCUGGGGGUCACCUACUCCUUUGCAGCUGCAAGCAUGUGGCCCUCUAUUCCCCUUGUGGUCCCUCAGGCAACCCUUGGGACAGCUAUGGGUCUUGCUACCUCAGUACAGAUGAUAGGAAUUGGCAUAUCCAACCUGGUUGUGGGUCAGAUCUUGGGAACAAAGUCAAGUGAUUCUAAGAUCCCACUGUGGCGCUGGCAGCAGAUGAUGAUCUUCAUGCUGGCCAACACCAUUGCUUGUAUCAUCACCUCCGUGCUGCUCAACGUGGUAGACCACCGGCAGGGUGGGAUGCUGAACAAGAUGUCCAAGAGGUCUGGCGCUUUGCCCCCCAGCACACCUUCAGACAGAGAACCUCUCGUGGAGGGAGAAGAGGGCCAGAAUGAGGAGGAGGGGUCUGUUGGUUCACCCUCCAUUAACAAUUCCUAAUCAUCUUGUAGAAAAGUCUGCUUCUGUGUUGACAUAUUUACCCAAAUUGAUUUUAUUUCUUUAUUUUUGUGCCUUGGACACUUUUUUUGCUCCCAUGUCAGAUUUUCUGCAGAUGUUAUACACCGUGUUAUCAGGUCAUCAACCAAAAUCUAGUAUCGGAUGAGGGAUCCUGAGUCCAAACAAACACAAUAUUUUGAUUUUGGUUUUCGAGCAUCAGCUGUUGGUUUCAACAUUUGCCACAACUUCUCGUUCGGGUAUAAUUUUGGAAUUUGACCUGAACAAUCACAAAUCUUAAGAUUUGUUGUUCUUCAGUCAAACAACCCACUAUUUCACAGACCGUUAAAAAUGCAAAUAUGCUGAAAAUCGGAUUGUUUUCAAAUAUGUGUUACUGCACUGUAUAUAUCUCAAUUGCUUUUCUUUUUUACUAGGGUUUUAAACAGUAUUUGUCAAGGGAACAUUUUUAAAUCUGAGAAUGGACAUGAGAUCCUCUCAAUUAAUGGUUCAUAAUCUUGUGUAUUAUUCUACUCUUAUCUGGCAUCAAACAUUACGUUUGUGUCAAUGGAGACAUUUGCCCAGGUUCAAGGCCAAUGUUAUUCAUCACUGGCCAAUGAGUGCUCAAUACAAAGCCAAUAAGUGUUCAUCACUGCUGCAACAAGUGGAACAUGCCUUACAGUUGAAUAUUUUUCACCAUGUGCAAAUGCUGUGCGGAUUUGGCAAAAAUGUGUUUUAUAGAUACUGUUCUGUUUUGGUUGUAACUUUCUGUUGAUAAUGUGUAGCAGGUUAUUAUUGUAAUUACUGCAUUUAUGAUCAAAACUAAUGUAAACUUUUUUUAAAGCUGCUUUUAUUACAGAUACCAGCUCUUGACUUGGCAUGCAAGAGUUGAACAUUGUCAUUGUGAUACUACAAUAAGGGAAUUGGAAUUAUUUUGUUUUACACUGCCAAAACAUCACCAAUAAAAAGGUGUUGUCUUUAA